AGUCGCUUCAGUAGCGAACAGGACAAUGUGGUAAAGAUGUUUGCCUCGUCGGGGCCCGUUUCGCAGUUUUAUUACCAAAAGGAAUAAACUCACAGUGAAUUUGAAGAAAAAACAAGCAGAAAAAAAAGAAGGGCGACCGACACAGGACGAGAUUUUAUUUCUUCAAUCCACAAGAUCGGAGGAAACUACGAUCCGUUUGGAAAGAAAAAUCCGUGUUAACGCAUCGGACGAGACUUCACUUUCAUUUCCCUCUUUUUUUCCUUUCAACUGAUUCUCAGAGAAGAGACAGGGUCGAUUGUAAGAAGAGGAAAUAAAGGGACCGAAUUGGAACAAGAAAAAGACCAGCAUAUGACUCCAAACUUCGGCUUCAUCUUGCAAGAAUGCAAAAACAAAAACACCCCGGUACUGGGCAGAGCCAAGGUUACCGAUACAAUGGAAACAACGGGACAGAAGGAGGAGGGGCCGGGUCUUAUCAAGCGUCCCAAAUAAGGAUCUGCCCGCAGGGAGCUCAGCAGCAGGACCCGAAACAGCAACCGCAGCAGACGUUGCAAACAGCUUUCCUAGGUCCAGGCCCUAUGCAGCACUUAUAUGCACAAUCGAGACAAAAUCAUGUGGGCCAGUUCUACUCGCUCAGGGGGUCGUCGCACCCUCAGCGGAUGCCACCGCAACCCAGGCCGAGCACCAUGCCGAUAACAACCGGCAUGACAUACCCUGUACCUAACCCAGGCAUGAUACCGGCAUAUCUGCCAGGCAACGUGCAACAGAUGAUGGUCCCACAUGGCAUGGGGUUCCCCAUGGCACAACAGCCAACAAGGCACCAGAGCCAUGGUACAGCGAUGCCCAAUGCAGGGCCAACUUCAAACUACAUGCAGCAGAGUUGUAGCUACUUCGUGCAGACCCCACAAGCGCUAACCUUCAACCAUUACCCUUCAGCUGCUGCUACAUUAUUUUCAAUGCCGCUGAGGAACCAACAGGCGACGCCGAACUCUGCCCAGUACACGCAGCAGCAGCAGCCAACCCAAGUGCCGCCACAGAUCAUCGGCAACCCCCAGGGCCAGGGGAUGGUGGCCGUCGGCAUGCAGUCAGCGCAAGUUUCGGCCAUGUCGAUGGCCCAGCACCCGCCGUUUAUAUCUGCAAAAAAAGAGCGCAAACGUGAAAGAGCUAUUGCCAUACUCCAUCCCAUCACCGGAGAGGAUGUCUUACAGGAUUUAUGGGAGAACAACUCGAGCGAGACGUCUUCAACUAGCCAUACCCCUCAGCCUCAGUCAGUCCAUGAUGAGGCAAUGGAAGCAGCGGCAGCAGUGGUGGCUGAUUUUGCGAGUCGAGUGUCAAAGGCUGCGAUGGCCGACACACCAGAAAACACUCCAGUCCAGGAGGAGAUAGCGACAAACGGCCCGAGCAGCCGGUCGUUGACACCGCCAACGGCAGUCGAACCACCGGCCAUAGAGCUGCCUGUCCAGCCCGCUGUGAAGCUCACCCCCGAACCAGCGAUACCAACCGUUUCCGCUAAGACCAAUUCGCCAACCGUCGAGCUGCACAGGCCGCAACCGCCUGUCACCAAGCCCGCCGUUGCACCCGUCUCCGUGACCCACUUUGUACCUCACAACCCUCCUCCCCCGUCGCAUGGCAUUCCGAUGGCACUCCCGCCUCAGCCGGCACAGCCUGCAGCCCCUGUCCCUCAACAAACACAGGCUCGGCCACAGUCGCCGGUGAUUCAGGCGCAACCACCGCUUCAGCCGGUGCACCCUCAACCAAGCCAACAUCAGACAACAAACACUACAACUAAGGAAACCCAUACUAGCAGUACCUCACCAACAGGAAUGCAAACUCCUCAGUCACAGCAACAUGUGCUACCUCCGACCGAAGGGCCUAAGCCCAAGUCGAAGAAGGAGGAAAGGGCGAUGAGGAGGGUGGAGACAUCGCGGCAACAAGGAGCCACUUCAGCCCCGCCGGCCGGAGCACAAGCUCAGCAACAACCUCCUCCUUCAUCCUCACCCCUCCCAGCCGCUGCAAAGCGCGACCCUUCGCCGCCGAAGGUAAAAGCCGCUCCCGAGCCAGCGGCAGCCCCCACUCGGUCGACGCCGACCCCGCCUCCUCAGCAGACAGCGCAGGUGGCACCUCUCGAUGACAAAGAGACGAAUGGUGAUUCAGAUGACGUGGGCAAGGCGCAGCAAAGGCCAAAGCAGAACAAACAGCAAAAGAAGAAAGACCUGAACCGUAAGGGGGUUGAGAAGGAGGGUACGGACAUGGAUGCUUUCGUUGAAAUGGCGCCCGAAGUACAGCAGGCGCUUCAACAACCUCCUGCUUCCCUCCCGGUUCAACUUACAGAGGACACGCCUGACCUGCCUGAACCCUCUUUGCCCGUCCAAGAGAAAAUUGUACCGGAACCGGUACCGGUCGUAGAGGAAAAGACGGAGGUCGAGGUCAACGCAAUGGUCGCAGCCAAGAACGAAGAGAAUACCAAAUCGAUCGAGGCCGCCGUCAACAACAAUAACAACAACAACACAAGUGGGAACGUGGCCAACAACAACACCCAAGAAGCCGUUGAAACGGAGGACAAUGGUGUCAUACCGUCAAUGACGAUAGAGAGGUCAGCACCGGCAUUGCAGUACAACUACAAAGAAGACCAAUGGUCGCCGAUAAACCAAGAAGGAAAGAAAGUCUAUGACAGGGCGUUCCUCAUGGAAAUCAGGAAUAAUCCAUUAUCGUCGAAAAAGCCUGAAAACCUGAUGAUGGAGUGCGACCUCUUCAGGGACAAACCAAAUGACAUCUCAAAUAAUAAUAGGAAAAAUCCUCAAGGAUCAAGUAGUAUAAAUAUGACACGAGGCGAUAACAAUAUGUCGCCAAAUUUUAUAAGGAGUUCAAUGAGCCAAAGGGGUUCUUCGGUGUCUGGUAAAAACGUGCGUAACGCCAUGCAAGGGCGUAUGCCAAGCAGCAUGGGCCACGGCGGCGUCGGUAGGAUGCAGAAGCCUGGCUCUUCAUACAGCAGUGCCAACUUGUAUCGCGAUGAGCCCAACCUGCACAAAGUGGCCAACAGCUGGAAACCAACUCGGUUUACAAAUCAGGCGAACGUAUCUGAAGAGGAGCUCAAAACUCAGGUUCUUCUUAAAACAAUGAGGGGUAUAUUGAACAAGCUCACCCCUCAGAAAUUUGAACGGCUACUCGAGAAAGUCCAGAAUUUGGGUAUAGAUAACGAAAAUAGGCUCAAGAGCGUUGUAAAUUUAGUUUUUGAAAAGGCAAUCGAUGAGCCGUCGUUUUCAUCGAUGUACGCUGAUCUUUGUGCCAACCUUCAGAACACGAAAGUCCCGUUGAACAAAGAAAAGAAAGAAGAGGGCACAACGAAUGAAAUCCUUUUCAGGAAGGUACUUCUCGUCAAGUGCCAAGAACAGUUCGAGAAGACAAAAGGCGACCAGCUUGACAUCGUGACCCGUACGAGGGAAAUUGAAGAAACGAAAGAUCUCGAAAAGCAAAAAGAGAUGAAACUAAUUCUUGGUGAGGACGAGCGAAAAAUUCGUGUCAAAGCCGUCGGCUUGGUAAGAUUUAUUGGUGAGCUUUACAAAAAGGGCAUGCUCACGCCUAACAUAAUGCACACGUGCAUCGGAGUUCUGCUUGCUCGGGUUGACGAAGAACCUUUGGAAUGCUUGUGUAAACUUUUAACUACAGUUGGCAAAGAUUUGGAACAGAAAUCGAGUCAUGGAGAGUUCGACGAUUACUUCAACACGAUAUCGAAACUCGCGCAGAAAUCGUCAGACUCAAAAGUUUCAUCAAGGAUAAGGUUCAUGCUUCAGGACGUUAUCGACUUAAGGAUGAACAAAUGGAUACCUCGGCGGGAUGAGAACAAGCCGAAGACAAUCGAACAAAUACACAAGGAUGCCGAAAGGGAAACAAUACUCGAAAGUAACUUUUACCCUGCACCAAUGUCCAUGUCGGGCGGAGGCGGCAGCAGUCGAGGCAAGCACAUGAAUGACGACAGGCGUCGAAACCAGAAGAACCAAGUGAGCGAGGACGGCUGGCUCAAGGUGAAUCAAGGCGUCAAGAGUUAUACGACUGUCGAAGCGUCUAAGUUCCUCAACAUCAAGGGCACAGACGUCGAAGGGCUAGGUACAGCGAACCAGUUCGUACAAUGGUCAUUGGGAUCGAAUGCAAAGCGUUCCGAUAACAGCAAGCAAUACAUAAACCGGUACGCCGUCCUCGGACAACAUGACGACAAAAAAUCAAUGCUCGGACCUAUGAGCAAAAAAGGAGUCACACCAUCCCCCAGUUUAGAAAAGGAAAGAGUACUUCCAAGUAUCAAACAAGCAUUGGACAUGCAGAGGAGAAGCGGUUCGGGAUCGGGCCCAAGCUCGAGAGAGAGCUCUAGGCAGAGGUACGGGACGAGCCCAGCCACUUCGCUCUCGUCAUCAUCGGCGCUCAGCCGAGAGGACAGGGAGGAAAAGGCGAAUGACAGAGAAAUGUCAGACGCCAAAUCUGUUGAGCUUCUCCCUGACAAUAAGCUCCUCAGCUUGACCAGGGUCACUAUCGAAGAAUGGUCCCUGUAUCAAAAUAUAGAGGAUACUUGUCUCUCGAUUGAGGAGACGUUCAUCGGUCCCAACCGAGUUCGUUUUAUCCACACGGGUCUUCUCGACGUCGUCGAGAACUCCAAGUCGAAUUCAAGGACGUGCUUCGGUAAAUUACUAGUCAUUCUUAUUAAGGAUAAGAAAUUAAUUCAGACCAAGGAUGUAAUUGAAGGGUUUUCACAAAUCAUGGCUAAUGAAGAUCUUGUAAUAGACUUGCCAUUAAUAUGGAAAUAUUUAGCCCAAUUAUUAGUCCCUCUUUUAGCCCAUGAGGUUUUAAACUUUGCGAACGUGAAAAUUGCGGCAAAAUCCACUAGGAAAGAAAACUUUUCUCAACUUUUAGUCAAAAUUAUUGAAUUAUUAAUUAAAGAAAAGGGACCAAGUUGGAUCAGGACGCAGUGGGAGCUGUCGCGAGUCCAAAUUGUAGAUUGUGUACCAGGCAGUGUAGAUAAAUUUGUAGCAGAUAAUAAUUUAGGGUUCCUCACCGGUUCCGGGGAAGUGGCAACGCAGCCGGACGACACCCUUACGUGCGAAGAAAUUGAGGAGAAACUUCUCACCUUCAUGAAGAACGAUUCGAAUAAAGCUUUCGACUACGCCUGCGAUUGGGUCAAAGUCAACGUGUCUGACACAAUUAUAGGAAGCAAUGAUUUUAUUAAAGCCGUCACACGAGCGGUCUUAAAAGGUUCUAUAGUUAAAGACAAAUUGUGCCACGAAGCAUUUGAGUGCAAUAGAAAACUUAUCAAGAAAUUCGUCGACAACGUCGAAAAACGCGAACUCGCUUGUUUAUACGCAGUACAGAACCUUUUGGCAAACGAGAUGGUCGCACCACCCUCCCUGAUAUCAGAGAUUUUUGAAAUGCUCUACAAUGCCGGGACGAUAUCGUAUGAAGGUUUCAUCAAAUGGAAAUCGCCCGACCAGCCGGAGACCGAGUACGAGACUCACGGGAAGGGCGUCCUUCUCAAAAUCCUCCCAUCAUUUUUUGUAAUGCUCUCAGAAAAUAACGACACAGAGGAGGAGUCUUGAUCCA